AUGGAAGAAGAAGUAGCUGCCCUCGUUAUUGACAAUGGUUCCGGCAUGUGCAAGGCUGGCUGUGACGAUGCUCCUCGUGCCGUCUUUCCCUCCAUCGUUGGUCGCCCGCGCCACCAAGGUGUUAUGGUUGGUAUGGGACAGAAGGACUCUUACGUUGGUGAUGAGGCUCAAUCCAAGCGUGGUAUUCUGACGCUCAAGUAUCCCAUCGAGCACGGUAUCGUCACGAACUGGGAUGACAUGGAGAAGAUCUGGCAUCACACUUUCUACAACGAGCUUCGUGUAGCCCCGGAGGAGCACCCUGUCUUGCUCACCGAGGCUCCUCUCAACCCUAAAGCUAAUCGUGAAAAGAUGACCCAAAUCAUGUUCGAGACAUUCAAUGCACCUGCAUUCUAUGUCUCAAUUCAAGCUGUCCUGUCACUGUACGCCUCCGGUCGUACCACCGGUAUUGUCAUGGACUCCGGUGAUGGUGUCACCCACACUGUACCUAUUUACGAAGGUUUCUCUCUGCCACACGCCAUCCUCCGUCUCGAUCUUGCUGGUCGUGAUCUCACCGACUAUCUCAUCAAGAACCUAAUCGAACGUGGUUACUCUUUCACGACGACCGCCGAGCGUGAAAUCGUCCGCGACAUCAAGGAGAAGCUGUGCUACGUCGCCCUCGACUUUGAGCAGGAGAUGCAAACUGCUGCACAGUCAUCGGCCCUCGAGAAAAGCUACGAACUUCCUGAUGGGCAGGUCAUCACCAUCGGUAACGAGCGGUUCCGUGCACCUGAAGCUCUCUUCCAGCCUGCAUUCCUUGGUCUCGAGUCUGCUGGUAUCCAUGAGACGACGUACAACUCGAUCUUCAAGUGCGAUCUUGAUAUCCGUCGUGAUUUGUAUGGUAACGUCGUGAUGUCGGGUGGUACUACCAUGUUCCCUGGUAUCGCCGACCGUAUGCAGAAGGAAUUGACCUCGCUCUCGCCGUCAAGCAUGAAGGUCAAGAUCGUCGCUCCCCCUGAGCGGAAAUACUCCGUCUGGAUCGGUGGUUCCAUCUUGGCUUCCCUGUCCACUUUCCAGAACCUGUGGUGUUCAAAGCAAGAGUACGACGAGUCCGGUCCCGGUAUCGUCCAUCGCAGUGCGUAUUUCUCGCCAUAUCUCUACCUAUCGAUCUCAAUGUUCCAUUCAAUUCUACCACAGAGUGCUUCUAAACAUAAUCAAAGAAGCAGUGAAAAAGAAUCGUGUUUCUACUGUACUAGAAUGACAUUGCUUUUUGAUUUUCUACGAUCUUGA